UGCCUCCGACUUUAGGGUUUCGGAAAAGCUGCGCGUCGAUCUACGAAAUGGCGAGGAUAAGGUGUACGAGCUGAGGAACAAGACGAAGGCGGAGCUGCUAAACCAGUUGAAGGAUCUGAAGGCGGAGCUCGCUUUGCUUCGAGUGGCUAAGGUCACCGGCGGCGCCCCUAACAAGCUCUCGAAAAUCAAGGUAGUGAGGCUUUCGAUAGCGCAGGUGUUGACGGUUAUUUCUCAAAAGCAGAAGGCAGCGCUCAGAGAGGCUUACAAGACAAAGAAGCUUUUGCCCCUUGACCUCCGUCCCAAGAAGACCCGCGCCAUUCGCAGACGCCUUACCAAACACCAGGCAUCAUUGAAGACAGAACGGGAGAAGAAGAAGGAGCUUUACUUUCCACUAAGAAAGUAUGCCAUCAAAGUUUAAGUUAGAAUUGAUUACUUGUAUUGAAAUUUUAAGGUGUUGAUGCUUGCCACUGAGGCUGCAUUCCAAUUUUUAGUACCUGAGUUGUUUUGAUGUCUGCCUUCAUAGUUUCCAGGGUAUUUGUUAAAACUAUAGUUGCUUCGAGAAAUUAUGGUUGUUUUUGGCCUUUUGUUUUAUGGAGUAUCACUGGAUGAAUGAUCAAUGUGAAAUCUUCAUUUCUCU